AUGGCUGCUUCCGCUGAUAGUCCCGUCUACCGGGCCACCACGACGGCCCCCGUCAACAUCGCUGUCAUCAAAUACUGGGGCAAGCGUGAUGCCGUUCUCAACUUGCCUACCAACUCCUCUCUCUCCGUCACCCUCUCCCAACGCUCAUUGCGCACCCUUACCACCGCCUCCUGCUCGGCCAUCUACCCCGCCCAAGACGAGCUGAUCCUCAACGGCAAGCCCCAGGAUAUCCAGUCAUCCAAGCGUACCCUUGCCUGUCUCUCCAGCCUGCGCGCUCACCGCAAGGAGGUCGAAGCUGCCGACUCCUCUCUUCCGAAGCUCUCUGCCCUCCCUCUCCGCAUCGUCUCCGAGAACAACUUCCCCACCGCUGCCGGACUCGCCAGCUCGGCUGCUGGGUUCGCCGCCCUUGUCCGCGCCGUGGCCGACCUCUACCAGCUCCCACAAUCUCCCCGGGACCUCAGUCGCAUUGCCCGCCAGGGCUCCGGCUCCGCCUGUCGAUCGCUGAUGGGCGGCUACGUCGCCUGGCGCGCCGGCACCCUCGAGGAUGGCAGCGACAGUCUGGCGGAGGAAGUCGCGCCCGCCGCUCACUGGCCCGAGAUGCGCGCCAUCGUGCUUGUCGUCAGCGCCGAGAAGAAGGAUGUCCCCAGCACCGAGGGGAUGCAGACGACCGUCGCGACGUCGAACCUGUUCGCUACGCGGGCGAACACCGUCGUCCCCGAGCGUAUGGCGGCGAUCGAGACCGCCAUUCAGAACCGGGACUUCCCCGCCUUUGCCGAGAUCACCAUGCGGGACUCCAACGGGUUCCACGCCACUUGCCUGGACUCCUGGCCUCCGAUCUUCUACAUGAACGACGUCUCGCGGGCCGCUGUGCGUCUCGUCCACGACAUCAACCGGGCCGUCGGCCGCACGGUCUGUGCCUACACCUUCGAUGCGGGCCCGAACGCUGUUAUCUACUACCUCGAGAAGGAGACCGAGCUCGUGGCUGGUACGAUCAAGGCCAUUCUCGGUACCAAGGCCGAUGGCUGGGAAGGCCCCUUCUACGAGCCCAUGAAGGAUCUCAGCGCCCCCGGUGUUGCCCUGGACAAGGUGGACUCCAGGGCCGUGGAAGUGCUCGAGGACGGCGUCAGCCGCGUCAUCCUUACCGGCGUCGGCGAGGGGCCCGUCAGCGUGACCGAUCACCUGGUCAGCGAGAAGGGCGAUGUGCUCUCUCACUAA